AAAGCAGGUGAUGGCGUUGACUAGCGUGGAAGCCGACCAGACCUCCAACACAGAAACCCCCAGCCUCGUCCAUUACAAAGUUGUAAGUUAUGUCAGAGAUUGUGUUGGGUGACAACAAUUACCUGCAAAAGUAUCCCCUCCCUGAAAAGAACAUGCGUCUUUGAGCAUGCUCUUUCUUCCUCAAUCUAUGGGUUAAGAGGAAUAAUUUCCAUCUUUACUCAUAAGCCAUAUGGUGGAAGUCUUUAUAGGUUAUAAUGGAAUCAUAGGGCUCGUAGGCAAGGAUUCUUCUAGCAUAGAGAAGCAGAAGUCAAAAAAGGAAGAAGGAAGAAGGAAAAGAGAAAAGAGAAAGAAAAUGGGUAGGCAACAGUCGCUGCGGAACAAAGCCGUCCACUUUGUUUCUGAUCUCACCACUGUUUUCCUCAACCCCAUCUCUGACAAACCCUCGGAACCUCAACCUCAUCCUCCUCCUUCACCCACUGAAGAUGCGAGCAAGUCGAAGAGAAGUCAACAAGAGUCAAUUAGUGCAGAGGGUUCUGGGGAUGUAGUCGAUGGGCCUGAUACUUCUUCUUUUACAGCAUUUCUAUAUUCCCUAUUGUCAUCCUCUGAGCCUGGGGAUAAUUUGAAGUCAGAUGAACAGAAUAAUGACAAAGUAGAAUCAGGGGACCGGCAAUCUGAUACUUUAACGAAAGAAAGUGGUGGGAAGAAAAGCUUAUUUUCUAGGGGGAAACAUUCACUCGGUAAAGCUAUUUACAAGGCUGCAAGGAUCGGUGGCUAUCGAAACCAAGAUCGCAAGGGUGACUCUGACAUGAUAUCUGAUGGGAAUGAUGCAGGAAUUUCUGGAGUUGAAAUGAGGCAUAUGGAAAAUGAGAAAGAGUCUGUGGGCUUGGUCAAAGUCCCAGAUGUUUCUGAGCCUUCAUUUCUUCUUUCAGAGAAAAGUAGAAGUGCUCUUUAUGCUUCCCUUCCAGCACUUGUUCAAGGGAGGCAAUGGUUAUUGCUCUAUAGUACAUGGAGGCAUGGCAUAUCACUUUCAACCCUGUACCGAAGGAGCAUGCUUUGGCCCGGGCUCAGCUUGCUGGUUAUUGGAGACCGUAAAGGUGCAGUAUUUGGUGGCUUGGUUGAGGCACCCCUAAGACCAACCAACAAGAGAAAAUAUCAGGGAACCAACAGUACAUUUGUUUUCACGAAUAAACCCGGUCAUCCCGUUAUCUAUCGCCCAACAGGUGUAAAUCGCUAUUUUACUCUGUGCUCCACUGAAUUUCUGGCAAUUGGUGGAGGUGGUCACUUUGCACUGUAUUUGGAUGCUGAUCUAUUGAAUGGAUCAAGUUCUGUUUCGGAAACAUAUGGAAAUCCAUGUCUUGCGCACUCGGAAGACUUUGAAGUGAAGGAAGUUGAGUUGUGGGGCUUUGUAUAUGCUUCAAAGUAUGAGGAGAUGCUUUCUUUAAGCCGAACGGAGGCUCCUGGGAUAUGCCGAUGGUAAAUGCUCCUCAAGCUUUUUGUGAUAAUUGGUCAUGUUGUAAUCAGGUAGCUGCAGCUUGGUACUAAUGGUACUCUUGCAUGAUGCUGAAUGUCUUUUGUAUACGCCAUGAUAUGCUCCAAAUACCAGGUUAUGUUUGUACAUACAUGUGCAUCCCAUUUAUACAAAGAGUGCUUAUGUAUUGAACUACAAGACGGAUAAAUGGUAGAUUUUGAUGGCA